AUGAGCUCGCCGAAGACUGUCAAAGAGGUUCAGCGACUUACAAGUUGCUUGGCCGCCCUGGGUAGAUUUCUUUCCAGGGCCGGGUAUAAAUGUCACUACUUUUUCAGAGCAAUCAGGAAGAAGUCCAAGUUUGAAUGGUCAGAUGAAGCAGAGGAGGCCUUUUUGAAAUUGAAAGACCAUUUUCACACUCUACUCCGGCUUGUUAGUCCCUUGCAGGGGGAAGUCUUAUGUAUGUACAUGGCAGUAUCCGAAUAUUCUCUAAGUGCAGUCUUGUUGACUGAAAGGGAAGGGUCACCUGAGGGGGAUUCGUUUGAGUAUGCCAUGCGCUUUAAUUUCCAAGCGUCCAACAAUGAGGCCGAGUACGAGGCCUUUCUUUGCAGCAUCAAAAUGUGCAAGGCGGCAGGAGCCAAGGAGAUUCUGGCACUAUUUGAUUCCCAACUUAUUGUGAGUCAAGUUAAUGGAAAUUACGAGACAAGAGACCCAACAAUGAUAAAAUAUAUGAAGGUCGUCCACCAGGAAGUGGAAAAAUGGAAGAGCUUUGAAGUAAGUCAGGUCCCUCGGUCAGAGAAUAAUCAAGCUGACGCGUUGUUCAAAUUGGCCAGCUCCGCAUCUGGUGAUACCCCCCGACAUGUAUUUUGGGAGGUAAAAGAUCAUAAAAGUAUUGAGCAGCUUGAAGCGGCAGUUCUAGACAGAAUGUCCACCUGGUUGGACAAUAUAAUUAACUUCAAGAUGAAUGGAGUCCUACCAGAUGACCCAAAACAGGCGGCAAAGCUCCAGAAAAAAUGUUCUUGGUUUGAGAUGUGGAACGGAACACUGUACAAGGCCUAUUCCCGUCCUUUACUGCGAUGUGUGACGCCUGAGAAAGGACAAGAGAUCCUACAGGACAUUCACCAAGGGUGGUGUAGUUCGAACAUUGGGGGAAGGGCCUUGGCUGUAAAUGCACUUCAAACUGGCUAUUAUUGGCCAACUCUGAAGGAUGAUGCACUUUCACUGAGGUGCAACAAAUGCCAGCGCUUUACCCAUCUGAUACACCGGACAGCUCAGAUUGUGACACCCAUCACAAGUCCAAUACCCUUUGCUAAGUGGGGAAUGGAUCUCAUAGGCCCAUACACCACCGCGCUGGGUGGGAGGCGCUAUGUCAUUGUUGUUGUUGAUUAUUUCACCAAGUGGGUGGAAGCGGAAGCAUUAAAGAACAUUCCUAAGGCAUUCAUAUGGAAAAACAUCAUCACCCGUUUUGGUGUGCCACAGUUGAUCAUUUUUGACAAUGGACCGCAGUUCGAGACACCGAAACUUAAGGAUUGGCUGGCCGAGCGUGGCAUAGCCGGCCAUUUUGCAUCGGUUGGAAGGCCGCAGGCAAAUGGACAAGUUGAGGCUUUUAACAAAAUCAUUUCUGAGGGAAUGAAGAAGAAGUUAGAUGAGGCUAAGGGAUUGUGA